AUGGCUCGUACUAAACAAACUGCUCGUAAAUCCACUGGUGGAAAAGCACCACGUAAACAGUUGGCAACAAAAGCUGCAAGAAAAUCGGCACCAGCAACUGGUGGAAUUAAGAAACCGCAUCGCUUUCGUCCUGGUACAGUUGCUCUUCGAGAAAUUCGACGUUAUCAAAAAUCAACAGAAUUAUUAAUUAGAAAAUUACCUUUUCAACGUUUGGUUCGUGAAAUAGCGCAAGAUUUCAAGACUGAUUUGCGUUUUCAAUCUUCUGCCAUAAUGGCACUACAGGAAGCUUGUGAAUCCUAUUUGGUUGGUCUUUUUGAAGAUACGAAUUUGUGUGCUAUUCAUGCAAAACGUGUUACAAUCAUGCCGAAAGAUAUUCAAUUAGCGCGAAGAAUUCGCGGUGAACGAGCUUAA